CGGGACUCUGAGCUGCGCUGCUCCCACUCCCCUCAGCUUCCUAAGGAUUUUGUUUCUCAGGGAUGGCCGCAUCUAUUCUGGAGGUAGGGAAUGUAAUUGAAGACGCACGCUAUGGCUCCAGUCCUCUGGCUAUGUUAACAGCUACCUGCAACAAGUUUGGCAGCACCAGCCCUGUCAGGGAUUCAGCUACACCCGGUAAGACUGGCAGCACCUCUCCAGUAAAGAAGCCCUACAACAUGACCUCUGACCUUCAGACAGCCAAGAACGGGCGGACCACAGACAGCAGUGGCCUGGCAGACUCCUACACUGGCUCCUUCACUUCAGCUGGAGGAGGAGGAGGUGGCGGCCUGCUUACACCCACUGGAAGUCCCCCUCCUUCAGCCGGAGGCUACACUACAGAAUAUAACCCUUUCUCUCACUCCUUCCAGACUUCGGUCUCACAGGAUCCGUCUCUUUUAGUGUCCAAGGCCCAUGCUACAGCCGAUUGUCUCACCAGUGUGUAUACUUCGCUGGAUAUGACACACCCCUAUGGCUCGUGGUAUAAGGCUGGUAUCCACCCUGGCAUAACUGCUGCUCCAGCUAAUGCUACAUCUUCCUGGUGGGAUGUCCAUCCCAACUCCAACUGGCUGUCAGCAACCCAGCCCCAAGCAGAUGGAGGUCUGCAGGCCUCCCUGCAGCCUGUGGCACCACAGGCAUCCCUUAGCCCACAGCUGCCCAGUUACAGCACCGAUUUUACACCACUUAACCCAGCUCCUUACUCCUCCGUGGGACUGGGCUCCUCCUCACAUCUCCUCCAACCUUCCCAGCACAUGCUGCCCCAGGACAUGUACAAGCCCAAACCUGUGCCAAGUGCAGGGCUAAUUGAGAAUCCCAUGGGCCUAAAGCCUGCUAGGGGAUCAGGGGGCUACAGCGGAGGGGCUACACCCACCCGGUCUUCAUGCGACUGCCCCAACUGCCAGGAGCUGGAGAGGCUGGGAGCCUCUGCUGCAUCCCUGAGGAAGAAACCAGUGCACAGCUGCCACAUCCCAGGCUGUGGGAAAGUCUACGGCAAGGCCUCCCACCUAAAAGCCCACCUGCGCUGGCAUACCGGCGAACGGCCCUUUGUUUGCAACUGGCUGUUCUGCGGGAAACGUUUCACCCGCUCUGAUGAACUGGAGAGGCAUGUGCGCACCCACACGCGGGAGAAGAAGUUCACCUGUCUACUGUGCAACAAGCGUUUCACACGCAGCGACCACCUCUCAAAGCAUCAGAAGACCCACGCAGAUUCUGCAAUGCAGGGCAAAGCUGUAGCUGUGGAGGGAGACACAGAUUCUAGGAGCGAAGAGACCACAGAGCUCAACUCCAGCGCUGUACCUACCAAUCCUGUCGCUGACCAAAUCACCAACGGAGAUGAGAAGACUGGCACGCCUAACGGGGUGGAGAACAGCAGUGGAUUGUUGGAGAUCUGACUUGAUGAAGUCUUGAAAUUUUAGAGGUGUUUUCUUUUCUUCUUUUUUUUUUAAAUAGGAAAAAAACUCACCUUACAAACACAAAACUGUAUUUUAUUUCAAGACAUACAAAGGAGACAGUGUUUGAAAAGACUUGAUAUGAUACAGGACUGAUAAAGGUAGAAAUCACUUCAUUUUCUCUGGACCACACACACACACACACACACACACACACAAGCAUAAAUAUGACCAAGCCUGCAAACAUAUAGCGAUCUUCAAAUGUAUGCAGACACACACGCACAAAUAUGAGCAACCGAGAGAUAAAUGAACACAAUAUGCACAUGUGAACAGGAAUAACUAUGAGCAAAUGUGCAAACAUCCAUAAUGCAUGCAUGCAGGGGGAUACACAAAAGUACGUCUGCUCGGAAACACAUACAAGUAAACAUGCUCGUGCACAAAUUUUGUAGCCUACACACAUUUUCUGCCUUUCAAAUGAGACAAACCACUGGGGAAAUUUAAUCUGCAAAAGCAGAAGGAAAAGAGCUCUGAAGCCGCAAAAGGAAAGUAGUUUUAAAACGAGACUUAUGGUCAGGAUGAUGGAGUCGAUGAAGCAUUGCAUGCCUAGAGAAAAAUCUGAUUUACAGCUGUACUUUGAUACUUAUUCAUUAUUCUUGAAACAAUCAAUGGACAGUCUACACUUACAGCUUCUUGUUGCCAAAGACACUCUGUUGUACAAGGUAUUGCAUUUCACCUUUGUUUGCUGUUUGCUUCUUACCAUGUCUAAUUUAAUUUCAUAUUUACUUUAAUAAUCUAAUUUAUGUCUUAAAUUAUACACAUGAAAGAUUAUCUUGCACCUGCAGGAAAUACCUGAAGAAAAAAAAAAGAAUGCAAGAUGGUUGAAGCCGGCCAAAAAUAAAAUGAAAUACAUUAAAUUAAGACUUUUUUUUCUUAUUUAUUAGCUAUAAGGAAGAGUUUGGGGGUUGUUUUAAAAGUUUUAUUUAUAAACCUUGAAGUUAAAUGUGCGUGUAAACUAAUUCUUAUAUAAUCUUUUAAUUGUGAAGUCUUCCACACCUGGCACAAUAAUGAUCAAUAAGGGCUUUCUUCCUUGUUUGUGCAUACUAUACAUUGACAACAGUAUAUAGAUAUGUAUAUAGGUGUGUUAUUUUUUUAUGCAUUUUCUAUGUUUUGUAUAACUUUCCACAAGAAAUGAUGUCUAGAACGCUUUGGUUACAACAACAAAGAACGUAAAGUAAAAGCUUAAUUUUUUUGGUUAUUAAUUUUGUUAUUUUGGCAGAACUGAAGUCCCAGUGUUUGCUGACUUGUUGUGAAAUGAGUGUAAAAGAUACUGUAAAUAGCGAUGAAGCAUGGUAUACAUGUUGUAAGGUUUAUGGUGUGGAAUAAUGACAAUUUUGGUGCUUUUAAGAGUAAAAAAAAUUUGAAAGAGA